AUGAAAUUACGUCGAAUAGUAUCAAGAGUACCAACUUUCUCUUCAAUUAAUGUCAAAUAUAAGAAGAGCAUAGGUCAUCGAAUUCGUGAUAGCAUAGAUUUUGUUACAACUUAUUUCCAUCCAGUUAAAAAAUAUUUAUUCCCUAAUUUCGUUGCUGUACAUUAUUUUUACAUCAUCUCAAUGACCAUAUUGGCUUCAAUUUUAUUAUAUCCUGUAAAAAACCAUGCAUACAUUGACAUCUUAUUUCUAGCAGCAGGUGCCACUACCCAAGGUGGUUUGAACACAGUAGAUGUCAAUUCAUUGACUUUAUAUCAACAACUUAUUAUAUAUAUCAUUUGUUGUUUAUCAACUCCUAUUAUAAUCCACGGUUUCUUAGCAUUUGUGAGAUUAUAUUGGUUUGAAAGACAUUUUGAUGGCAUCAGAGUUACUUCUAAGAGAGACUUCAAGAUGAGAAGAACAAGAACAAUCAUCGAAAGACAAAUGACGGCGAGAACAAUGUCAGCAAGAACUACCUCUAUGGGGAGAUUCAAUACCUCAGAUUAUAUGCAUAGAUCUUCAAAUCGCAAUAACAGAAAUACCCAGAAAACUGAUUUCCAAGCACAACUUUUCAGCGGUAAAAUGGUCAAUAGGGAUGAACAAAAUAACAUUGGUCACUUCGAUAAUUUAGCUAAUGAAACCCCCAAUGAAAAUAGCGAUAUCCAGUUAAAUAGAUCUUCUGCAAGCAUAAAUACUGCUCCUGAAGAUGAGAAAUACAGUGGAGCUCAUGAGACGAGCUUGAUGUUUAAGGAACCAACAAGAGAAAGAAGAAAUGGUCUAAAGCCUGAAAGAUUUGUUGGUCGUAGAAAAUCAACCGAUAUCACACCCGCUGAUAUGUAUCGUUCAAUCUCAAUUUUACAAGAUAGACACAAGGUAGAACGUCAGGAGGAUGAUUCAGGUCCUGCCCUGGUAAUCAAGGCCCCCACUUACGAUGAUAGUGAUGAUCAAUCAUCUGAUAAUAUUGAGUCUCCAUCUGAUAGGUACAGCCACGCAAAAGAUAACAACAAACCUGCUAAUGGUGAGAUUAAAUUAAAUAAAGUUAAUAGUCCUGAGCCAGAUGGCUAUUCAAAUACUAUUAAUCAUGACAAUAAUCGAAAUCGUUCUACGGGUUUUGAUUCUCAUCCUAUUUCUACAAGUUCAGAAGAAGUGAGUUCCCUGAACUCGGAUGAUACGAUAGAGUCGCAUGACAGUUAUGAUGAUUCCAGCAGUUCCGGAGACAACCAUUCUGUAAAUUCAGAAGUUAAUUAUGAUAGCCGUGUCGAAAAUCCAGAUUCAUCACUUGACUCAGAGUUUGAAGAAGAAAGUGAAGGUGAAAUUAGAAAUUUAAGUAGAAGAAAUACACAGGGCAACAUUGAAAAUAAUGACCAUCCUCAUAACAAUGGACCUUCCAUCCAAUUUAAUUUAGUUUCGCCUCCUAGGAAAAGGAGAACUACACAGUCAUUUGAAACAAGACCUCAACCAAUUAAGAGAAGUAGUUCAAAUUUUCUAAAAUCUUUCAGGAAAAAAAAUAAAUUCAAGGAGAAGCUAAGGCAAAGAAGAGCCAGUGUUCACGAUCCACAGUUCCUUUACGAUGAUAGUUUUCCAGAACACAAAGCAAACGUAAACAAUAGCCAGCAUUCUAAUGAAGAUUAUUAUUCCGAGAAUGAAGAUGAAAGACGUAGCCUACACGAUAUUCCUAAUCUAGAGAAAACACCUGUGAAUUUGAAGAGAGCGACAACCAACACAUCCAAUAGAGGGGAAUUUAAUGAAAUGAAUCCGCUUGAAAGAUCAAAAACAUUUGAUGUUGCUUCACCUAGUGACCUAGAUAAAUUGACACAAUCACCAGAAUUCCAAAAGCUUGUAUAUAAGAAUUGGAAAGAAAACAAUAAAAAAAGGCGUGGUAUGAGAAAUAUUCAAUGGAACAAUAACAUUUUCGAGAAUGAUAGGCCAGAAUUACGCCAUUUCAAAUCAGUUGACACUAAUGAUGGAAAUAUUUAUAAUAAUAUUCACUUUGGAAACCCUAAUCAUAUAAAUGAACACAAUUCGAGAUAUAUUAGCAGACAAGAUACUAAUUUAGGGCAAAAUUAUGAAGCUUCAAUAAAUAAUAAUGAUGAAGAAGACAUCGGUAACUACCAUUUGCAUUUUGAUCAUGAUUUUAACUUGGCAUACCCUUCACACAGUUUAUCAAGAACUAUGAGCACUAAUUAUCUAUCAUGGCAACCUACUAUUGGUCGUAAUUCCACAUUUGUUGGUCUGAAUAGAUCUCAAAAAAACGAAUUAGGUGGUGUUGAAUAUAGAGCAAUCAAGUUAUUAUGUUUAAUUUUAUUAGUCUAUUACGUUGGUUUCCAUGUUAUGGCCUUUAUAUUCUUCUUACCUUGGGUUCUACAUAAACAUGAAUACAAAGUUAUAGUUAGAGGUGACGGUGUUUCACCAACUUGGUGGGGGUUUUUUACAGCUAUGAGUGCCUUUAAUGAUUUGGGGCUAACUCUAACCCCAGAUUCAAUGUCUUCUUUUAAAGGAGCCGUUUUCCCAUUAACUGUAAUGAUUUGGUUUAUUAUUAUCGGUAACACUGGUUUCCCAGUGUUAUUGAGAUUUAUUAUUUGGGUUUUGUUCAAACUAUCUCCUGAUCUGUCAUCAAUGAAAGAAAGCUUAGGAUUUCUGCUUGAUCAUCCACGUCGUUGUUUCACGUUGUUAUUUCCUAGCGGGGCAACUUUAUGGCUACUGGUAACUUUGAUUGCCUUGAAUUCUACAGAUUUAGUUCUUUUUGUUAUAUUUGACUUCAAUUCAAGUGUAGUUGAGAUGUUAACAAAGGGACGUAGGGUUCUAGUGGGUUUAUUUCAGGGUGUUUGUACCAGAACUGCCGGUUUUUCAGUUAUUGACUUAAGUUUACUCCAUCCUUCAAUCCAGGUCUCAUACAUGUUAAUGAUGUAUGUGUCUGUUUUACCAUUGGCAAUUUCCAUCAGAAGAACCAAUGUUUAUGAAGAACAGUCCUUAGGUAUUUAUGGAUCUGAAGGGAAUAGUCCUGAUGUAGAUGGUAAUGACGAUGAAAAUAGUGACAGUGACAGUGACAGUGAUAGUGAUAGUGCUAGUGAUAGUGAAAGCGAAAGCGAUCCUGAUUUAUCACCACGAAGCAAAAGAAUAAGAAAGAAGAAGAGAGCUAAAAAGAAGAAAGCUAAAAAGAAGAGAGCUAAAAUGAAGAAGAAGGCCAGAAAGAAACCAUCUGCAAAAUCAUUUAUUGGAGCCCAUUUAAGAAGACAAUUAUCAUUUGAUUUAUGGUUCUUGUUUUUAGGGUUAUUUAUAAUUUGUAUUUGUGAAGGUGGUAAGAUCCGAGACCGUACAAAGCCAGACUUUAACGUUUUCUCAAUUUUAUUUGAACUUGUAAGUGCAUAUGGUACAGUCGGUUUAUCGUUGGGUUAUCCAGGUACUAAUCAAUCCUUUUCAGGACAAUUUACUACAAUUUCAAAGUUGGUUAUUAUUGCAAUGUUAAUUAGAGGAAGAAAUAGAGGCCUUCCAUAUAGUGUCGAUAGAGCUAUCAUUUUACCAAGUGAAAGACUAGAUAACAUGGAUCAUAUACAAGAGUUAGAAAACAAAAGAAAUGCUGAUAAUGAUGUUUCAAGUGGCAGUGAUCCAGUUACCUUAUAUUUGAAGAAAAGAAUUCGCCGUGUCUUUAAAGGUAUCAGAAGAGUCAAGGAUUCUAUCCAGACUGUAGAAGAACCAUUGGUUCACAAGGCAGCUGAGCAAUUCAGUAAUUCCGAAGGCCACGAGAUGCAGGAUAUGGGCAAUGAACAAUAUAAAUAUACUUCAAAAGAUUAUGAUCAUCUAUCUGUUCAUAAAAAAUUCGGUCCUGACAAUUCAAGUGUUGAGCAAGAAGAAGAAGAACUCAAUGAAUCAACACCUAGAAAUGACAUGGAAUACGGAGAAGUAGACCCUUCGUUAUUGAGAAGGAGAUCGCAUUAG